AUGGUGAUAGAGACCCGGCAGUCUGAACGUCGAAAAAGACGAAACAGUUCGAUCUCUGAAUUAGGGGCCUGUUCUCCUGCCUCUUGCAGGAAGAGCACUCGUCGGUCUGCGGGUACUGCCUUAGCUUCACCCUGCGAGACUCCUAGUCAGCCAUCCAAAAAGGUCCGUUUUUCGGAUCCCGGCCCUCAGACGCAGAAUGGCCCGGAUUAUUCGACGGGCCUCACUCCCGCAAUAAUUCGCACUUCAUUUGAGGAAUCUGCGGAUUCCGACGACGUGGCUCGUACUCCGAGUCGGCGGCUACGGCGACGCUCAACCCCUCUUUUGCGCACCCGUCACUCACUGGAUCCUUUGAUGCCUUCCAGUACUGCUGUGACGGAGAGAAUCGUGCAAUUUGCACCGCUUCGCCAAAUUCUCGAUUCUCGCACCCAGCGUCGAAUCCGACGGGUAGGCCUCAGUAACGAGGUCAACAACCUAGAGCGCGAGAAGCGGGACAUUGCUCAAUAUGAAAAGACUCUACAGGCCUUGCUGCAUGAGAGGGAUGUAUUAAAACAAAAGUUGGAGUCGGUGAAGAAAACUCCAGACUUUCCUGAAAGUUGCCCGUCUAGCGAAACAACAGAGUGCUUGACUCCGGCCAGCGUCGGACAUCUGGAAUUCGAAAACAAUCGUUUGCGAGAGGAAAUUUCCUCUUUCCAAUCCUCUCAUGAUAGUGCCGCACCGGAAGGGGAUACCAUUCUCAUCAAUGACAGUAGGUUUGAAGAUGAUACGAUACUUAUGUCUGAUUCCCCGGAUAUUCGCGGGAUGGGCGAGAAUCAGCCCUUUGUUCCAAAUGACCUGUCGCUCCUUGACCAUGGGUGUUCCGUUGACGCUUCCACCCAGGUGUCUUGGUCCGGACAUCAUCGAGACGCCGAGUUUCUUACCAUCUCGCGUGAUCUGGAAGCUGCUAGAAAGGAGAAAAAGGAGUUGUUCAAUGCAUGUCGAGCUCGUCUUGCCUCGUUAGGGGAAAUUGUUCUGAAGCCAUCCCUUCGUCAAUCCUCGCCGCCACCAGAUUUCUUCGACCAGCUCGUUCACACACUAACAGAAGCCCUCUCUCGAGCAUCCGGUGCUGUUGGCACCUUAGAUUCGAUCAAAAAUGAACUUUUAGAUCUAGGAUUCCCUGGUAACAGCGUGGGAGAGAUCGUUUCCGAAAUGCGCAGUCGCUUUCGCUCAGCCCGUCUUCAAUUAGAGCGCGCGGUUCCCGGAGAAACAGCGAGUGCUGGUUUGGAUGACGGGAAUGCCACGUUAGGCGCAUUGGUAAAGCGAGUUGAGCUGCUCGUCCACAGCCUAGGCGAAGAAGAAGCGCGUCAUGAAGGGGCCGUUAGGAGGGAAAAGGCAUUACGUGGACAGUUCGACGACCUGUUAACCCGAUAUGAGGUCUCAUCGAAGAAGAUUGGUGAUCUUGAAGCUUCUAUCGCUUCGUCAGCAGGUGACAUGCUCCACACGAGAAUUCGAAUGCAAGAGCUCGAACGUGAGGGCCAGGAACAAACCCUCGGAAUUGACCGACUGAACGCAGCACUCGACAAAUAUCGCGACGAGGUCAAGGGUCUUGAGCAGCUGGUAACAACACUAGAGGAAGAGAGGGCCACUUCUGAUAAAAAGUACUGUGUACAGGUCUCACGUCUCGAAAAUAGGGUAGCAGACGAAGUAGAAGCCCGUCAUGCAGCCGACUCGACAGUUGCGGAGCGAGAGUCCCGAAUCCACGAGCUGGAAACGACCGUCGAGUAUAAUCGAAUCCGUGCAUGCGACCUAACUGCCAAGGUCGAAUCAACUGAGCGGGAACUCCAAAUAACGGUUGGAAAUCUCAAACAAGAAGCGACGGACCAACUUCAUCGGCACCAGCAGGAGGUUGGGUCGAUGAACGUUCGUAUUUCCGAGCUCACAACGUCACUGGAAGGGAUGAAGUCGGAGGUGGAGAAGCUCCGUCGCAGUAAUGCAGUGUUAGAGGAGCAGUUACGCCUGGAAGUUGAGGCCAGGGACAACUUGCUGGAUAAAUGGGCCGUAGACCAAGCACGGUCGUUCGCCUACAUGAAAGAAACUGUCAUUGCGGAACGACGGAGAACAAAGGUUCGUACUGCCAAUUUCGAGCUUCAGUCGGAUGAGCUGAAUUCCGAUGGCACGAAUACUGGCAGUGAGCCUAUCACUCCGGUCAGCAUGACACGAUUCGUCGAUGUGGAGAUGGGGCUAGGAAAACAACGCAUGGGGCUUGACAAUGGAAUUGACAUCCUCACUGAUGACAACCUUCUCGAGGAUAAUGGUGAGCAUGGCGAUAGGGGAUUACUCCCUUUCUGA